UAUGCGGGAGCGGCCUGUCGCAGUGCGCACGCGCAGUGGUCCCGGGCCUAGGCGACAGCCACACGCUGGCGACGGACAGGCCCAGCCCCAGACUGAAAGUCAGAGCAAGGCCAACGUCGCGCUGACAUGGAGGCUAUCGCCAAGUACGACUUCAAGGCCACAGCAGACGAUGAGCUAAGCUUUAAGAGGGAAGAUAUACUGAAGGUUUUAAAUGAGGAAUGUGACCAGAACUGGUACAAGGCUGAGCUGAACGGAAAAGAUGGCUUCAUCCCCAAGAACUAUAUCGAAAUGAAACCACACCCGUGGUUCUUUGGGAAAAUCUCCAGAGCGAAGGCAGAGGAGCUGCUCAGCAAACAGAGGCACGAUGGAGCUUUCCUGAUACGGGAAAGUGAAAGUGCUCCUGGAGACUUCUCACUCUCAGUUAAGUUUGGGAAUGAUGUGCAGCAUUUUAAAGUACUACGCGAUGGUGCAGGGAAGUACUUCCUGUGGGUAGUGAAGUUUAACUCUCUGAAUGAACUUGUGGACUAUCACAGAUCCACAUCUGUGUCACGGAAUCAACAGAUCUUCCUGCGUGAUAUUGAACAGGUUCCACAGCAACCCACAUACGUGCAAGCACUCUUCGAUUUUGAUCCGCAGGAGGAAGGCGAACUCGGAUUCCGUCGCGGUGACUUCAUCCAGGUUCUUGACAACUCUGACCCCAACUGGUGGAAGGGCAGUUGCCACGGGCAGUCAGGCAUGUUCCCUCGUAAUUAUGUUACCCCAGUUAACAGGAACAUCUGAUGGACAGCAGUGCUGAUAGUUGAGAGCAGUCGCGGCUCCUCCGUGAACUCUGCAGUCUGUACGGAACUUCAAACUAGAGCCAAAACCAAUUCUAUGGGAGGGGGAACAGAAAGUCUGAGUGGUUUCACCCUUCAGUUUCUGCAGCUGCUUCUCCCACCCAUCUAACCCCCUCUCCCCCUCCUCUCUCCCUUGUCAGUCACUGCAUGGGUUAUAAAUUCCAUUACUCUAAUCCUGUUGUAGAAUUUCAAUGUUUCUUUUCUCUAUGCAAGUAUUGAAUAAUCUUAUCAGAGAUGUAACACAGACCAGAGGUUCAUAACAAUCCUCACUUUGGGUCUUUUUAAAAGGAAAAAGGAAUCAUUCUUGGCCUUGUGCGUUCCAGACACAGAAUUCCUGCUUUAUUUUUCUCCUCUUGUUUUUGUACAAGUUACGUUAAUUUAGCUUGUCCUUGGAAAUAAAGCUAAAGUUUCCUUCAGCAGCUAGCAGCUUUAGGAAUCAUGUAUAAAUUUUCAAGAUGACUUGUAAUUUUAAGAAAUGACUUGAGGGCUUUUAUCAGCAGCAUGUUCUAGGAGCUUUUACAGGAGGUUGGGCUUCUCAUGGUCUUAAAGGUGUGUGGCUGUGCACUUUCUGAAUUCUAAUCAUAGUGCCUUUGAUUUUGUUUAGUUUUGUUUAAUGUAUCAACACAGACUCUGGCUGAUAACUUGUCACUACCCUGAGCUGCAAGCUGUGGUCAGUUUUAGAGAUCAUGCUGUGAGGAGUCACUGGUCUCAUAUUCCACGCCAGGGUGGUAGGUUUGAAUGUGAAACUAGACAAGAAUGCGGAGUUGUUUCUUGUGUCCUCAUUCACUGCAAAGCAGCUUCCUGUUCCCUUCACGUUUCACUGCAGGCUGGGGCUCUGAUUGAGUCACACAGCAUCUCCUGUUAAUUAACUGUGUUGCAUGUAUCAGUCAUGGAUGUGCUGGUGCUUCAGACCCUUAGUACCACUGGAAUGGAUUAUAUAACAGGUCAGUCCGCAGUAGGGAUGAUUCCUCAGCGUCGUCUGGUACAGAGUUCCUGGCAUGUAGUUCCUGCAGCCACAUUUGCUCUGCUGAGGCAUUGGGCUAAAUAUUUAUUUCUCCACAAUCAGUCACAUUCCAACUGGUUUUGACAACAUUUGACCCAGCUCGUUCCUCCAGCCAGGUUUGUAUUAAUAUAAAACAGCAGUGGUUCUGCUCUGUUACUGAAGAGAGCGCAGCACAGUUUCGUCCCACACACCCUGGACAAUAGGAGUUUGAUUUUUAUUUUGAAUAGAACACAUUUUGUGGCGACAUAACUGAGAAAUGCUAGUUCUUUUGAACGUUUUUAAAGCUGUCUUGCUGCUUUUACUAAAUUUUCCUUGCUUUUCCUGGUUCAAUUCAACAUUGUAAUAACUAAUCUGUUUCUUGGGCAAUUUUGAUUUAAAUGAAAAAGAGCACGUGACUCUUCAGCUGAUCAUGAUGAUUAGUUGGAACUGAACCAAGAUGACAAAUUAUCACUGUUUAGGACUGGUCAGUUGCCAUUGUUGCAAGGAUACAAUGGCUUUCCCAUCUGCUUGCACAUGGUGAUCCCAGCCCAGUUAGACUUUCCCAAGAGAGCAACAAUUUUUGAGCCUUGUAUUUUGAUAUGUUGGAUGUUCUUAGUCAUGUACACAACACUUGCUGCUCUCUGUUGUAUGGUGCUCAAGCAUUGUGACACUAGGUUGUAUGUCAGAGACCACGUGUUGUCUGAUUCCAACUGAGGAAUAUCUUGCUGUGAUGAAAUGGAGGUGAAGGACAAGCCAAAUGGACACAGUUAUUCUUCAUAAGGAGACUUGUCUCAGCUGACUGCAUCAGUGUUGGCGAUGGAAUCAGUACAGAUGUGGGAGGGUUGUAAGUGUAGUGCUUUUAAUACAAAAGUGCAAGAAAGGUAAAUUUUUUUAAAAAUCAUGUUUAGGAUCAAUGGAUACCAGAAUUUAUCAGCCCAGGGAUAGAGGACUGUUGAGAGGACUCUCAGAAUACAAUUGUAAGGCUGAUGAUGUCAAUGAUAAAUAAUUAGUUUAAAAGAAAAGGUGCAGGGUAUUGCUAUGGCUUUUGACCAUAUCCAGUCAAUAUUGCUAAUGGUACAAACAUUGCCCACACUGACACAAGUGAUGAUUAGGAUCUGAAUGUGUCCUGGCAUCAAUUGAGAAAGCCAAAGAUGGUGAUCAAUCCUUCAGAACCUUUUACAAAUGGUUGUAGAACAGAAAUUCCCAGAUCAAAGUGGACAACAGAAUUGGUUCAGAAUUUGAACAAAGGCAAAAUUUGGUAGGGGACGGAUGGGUUGUAGGUAAUCAUACAGUUAACAAAGUCCUGGAUACGCACAGAGACUAGCCCCAAAGCAGGAUAGAUUGGAAUUAAAGCCAGCCUCCUGUCUAUAUGUCCUGCUGCAUUAAUAUGUAGGUUCCUGUGUGGUUAACUGUGGACUUUUUCUCACCACCUCAUCCCAUCUCCCAUGGCAUGCCUAUAAGUAAUGUGAUACAUCGAAUUAAAACGUAUCCCAUGAAGUCCCAUUUGCCUUGUUUACUGCUGUUCAAUUUAUAGUCAAUGCUGCUGGUGUGCCCAGCUAGAAGCACCAUGACUGUGCUGAGUACAUGGGCAAUGUGGCAUUGGUUCAGUUCUAGUACAGUCCGAUCGUUUUUGUCUUCCUGUAGAUGGUUGGCAUAUUCCUUAUUCCUUCAGGGAAAUCAGCGUUGUGAGCUGCACUGAUUUAUCGACAAUUUGAUAAUGACUGCUAUACCAUUGAGAGAAUUGGGAUUGGACAUGGCACAAUAUUGUGCAGAGUACUCAAGCAUAACAUCUGGAAGCAUACAGCUGGCACUGUUUUUAUUAGAUGAGUCACCUUAUCUUUGAGCAGGGGCCAGAACCGCUGGUCUUGUCCUGGGUGAUGGAGUGCACGUGUUGAGCUAUACUGAGUCUGGCUAAUAUGAAAACAGCUGAGUGUUUAAUUCAUGGGUUGAGUCUGUUAUUCUGUCCUUUUAUGCCUGGGGCUUGGUUUCAGAUUUAGCCUGAAUUGAUGCACUGUAAAGGUGUAAUGUUACAGCAGAUUUUGGGCAAUGUGACUCAAUACAGAAAACUAUUUGUAAACUGGUACACAUUCACAUUGUCACAGGAUGAUGCUGCUGGGGAAAUGUGACGUAUCCGAGUGCUACACCUGUUGCGGCUAUGAGAGAGACCACAACUGUUCUGUUUCUUAGCUUUCAACUUUAAACAUGUUCCAACAUGUAUUCUGCAAAAUAACUAGUCCCAGAAUCAAGUAUAUCCUUUCAAUACAGCCAUGCAAAUACUUGUUUAAUGAAUAUUUAAUUUUUUGCUGCAUAUGGGGUGUGUAACAGAACAUCCAACAUUUUGGGCUUGCUAAACAUAUUCUGGUACAGAUAUGCUAUCCCUGGCAUGGGGGAGGGAAAUUGCCCAUCAGCUGACACACUUCAACAUGGUGUAGAGCACUUUGUGUGAUAUUAACUUCCCCUCAAAUUUCUUCAGUGAUCACGAGCAAAUAGGCUGUAUUCCCCAGUGUUAAACAGUGACAGACCUCACUUACCACUACUGUACUCCAGUGUUAUAAAGUCAUAUCUGCAUGCACCAGUGACAAUAAUCCAAUGUUAUAUAAUGUCAGGAUUGCAUCAUCACAAUUGUACCUGGUGUUAUAUGGUGUGAGAUAUGCAUGCACCACUACUGUUCCCUAAUGUCACAGUUAUUUUAACCACAUUUGUUAGGAUUUGCUCAUUUUACUGCUAGUUGUAGCUGAUGGCAAAGUUUGAGUAGUGGUUAACACUUGGCACCAUAACUACAUAGAAAUUCUAGUGUGGGAUAAGAAGAAAAGUUCCAGUUGCACACACUGGUUGAAGAGCAGUACACACACUUGACGGAUUAUGGAACUGAGUUCGCACAGCAAAUUGUGCACGUGGAGGAGGUGUCAUAUACUUGUACCUGAUGCUGCCAAUUAGUCUGAGUUCUGGCCAAGUUCAGGUGUGGGCGGUAGUUGGCUGCCUGGGACAUUUGACUCUGCUGUGGUUUGGUCUGAAAUGGUAUAUUGGUUCCUGGAGUCCAUUUCUGUUGUUGAAAUUUAAUUUCCUUAGGUUUUUGUUUUCUGCUUUACACUGCGAAAAUGCAAAGAAAUGAUGAAGUGAGUGAUUUUAGCUUUCCUCUGGACACUGUCACCUGAACUAUUGGACUGUGCGAAAGAGUAUUUGGCACCUGGACCAUUUGAUUGUUUACUUUUUGGAAUUGGUGUAUAUCAUAAGCCUUGCAGACAUUUCAUGUAUAUAUUAAAAAAAAUGUUAAAAUGAAAAGGCCUGUGUACUUAUCCCUUGAUUCUCAAUGCAUUUGGUAGAUAGAAAUUAACUGUGAAUAAUAAAAUGCUGUGUAUUCUUCAUGAA